UCCCAUCAUCAUAAGUACUUGAUCAGUUUCUCUAUCUCUCCCUAGAUCUCUUUGUGUCUGCCAUUCACAUUUUCUGUCGGCUACGUAAAUAUACUCCUAUGGCAAACACGAUGACUCAUCCUCCCCUUCUUUUCCUCGCACUUCUCUUUCUCUUCUUUAACUCAUCAGUAGCAGCCGCCAUGAAACUUAAUGUGAUCAGUUAUGGAGCCAAAGCCGAUGGCACAACUGACUCGACCAAAGCCUUUCUUGCUGCAUGGACUCAAGCUUGUGCCUCGACUGUACCUGCAAGCAUCUACGUACCAAAAGGGAGGUUUUUGCUACGCAAUGUGGACUUUCGUGGCCAAUGCAACAACGCUGCUAUUUCAAUACGAAUCGAUGGAACCCUCGUGGCUCCGAUGGAUUAUCGGGUUAUUGGAAAUGUCGAUAGCUGGCUUUCCUUUGAGAAUGUUGAUGGAGUUUCCAUUUAUGGUGGAAAACUUGAUGGGAAGGGUACUGGCUUGUGGGCUUGCAAGAAUUCAGGCAAGAGUUGCCCCUCCGGUGCUACGUCACUGAGCAUUAGCAAUUCAAAGAACAUCGUCAUCAUGGGAUUAACAUCACUAAACAGCCAGAUGUUCCACAUAGUCAUCAAUGGCUGCCACAAUGUCAAAAUGCAAGGAGUGAAGGUCUCUGCUCCUGGUAACAGCCCCAACACCGACGGAAUUCAUGUACAACUAUCCAGCAGCGUCACGAUCCUCAACUCCAGGAUUCAAACAGGCGAUGAUUGCAUCUCAAUUGGCCCUGGUGCCACUAAUCUCUGGAUGGAAAACAUCGCAUGUGGCCCCGGUCAUGGCAUCAGCAUCGGAAGUUUGGGGAAGGACCAAAUUGAGGCUGGAGUGCAGAAUGUGACAGUUAAAACAGCCACAUUCAUCGGCACCCAGAAUGGGGUGAGGAUAAAAUCUUGGGCCAGACCGAGCAAUGGUUUUGCCAGCAAUAUUGUUUUCCAGCAUGUUGUUAUGAAAAAUGUCCAGAAUCCCAUUGUCAUCGAUCAAAAUUACUGCCCUGGCAACAAAAAUUGUCCUGAUCAGGUUUCUGGUGUUAAAGUUAGUGAUGUAACAUACCAGGACAUACAUGGAACAUCGGCAACAGAAGUUGCAGUGAAAUUCGAUUGCAGUUCAAAACAUCCUUGCACUGGAAUAAGAUUGCAAGAGGUGAAACUUACAUACAAGAAUGAGGCAGCUCAAGCUUCAUGCAGCCACGCUGGUGGAACUGUUUCUGGUCUUGUUCAGCCCACGAGUUGUUUGUAGUUCUUGGACUGAAAUUAAGCCAGCUAAGAGUAAUGCAAUUAUUUUUGCAUUGUAUUAGAGGAAGAAGACUACUAGUAGUAACUAGUGAAGUAGGUGAAUGAAGGUCAUUGCUCUUUCAAUUUGAUUGCCUGUGCCUGUGGCGUUAGUGGCCCAUUGGGUUAGAUUGGAGCCUGGCCCUGCAAUCUGCAUAGUACACUGUAUUACUGUACCUAAAGAAAAAGCCUAUCUGGGCUUUCUUUGUAGUGAAAUAAUCAAUAUUUUAUAGUAUUAAUUUAGCCAAAUUCUAGAUGUUGAUUGGUUCAAAGUUUAAUCGAAUGUCAUUAACCCAUUGAUGAAACAGCAUUUCCGGGGAUUGCUGUAUAUUAAUA